GAUCACGUGACUUGGCAAUGUACUUCCGGUAAAUAUUGUGAAAUGUAUUCGAUAAAAUUUCCAAAACAAGGAUAGUUUCCAAGAUGAUACCGAUAUAUUAUUGGUAUUUCAUAACGUAGAAAGGACAUAUUCUGAAAUGACGGAAUCAUCAAACGUCCAGUCGUCGUCCCUGUCUGUUGACGCCCCUGUCUUCACCCCUGGCAGCUACACCACCAACGUGGGCGUGGCUUCACCUGUCAGUCACAUUGACAGACAGCCGGGAGGUGUUCCCCUCACAGAGGUCCCAGGCUACAUCACAAGCUGCUUCCCCUUUAUACAGCCCGAUCAGGGACCAAGGGGGACCACCAAGUGGGGGGCGCCUGGCGUGGGACGUGGGCGUGGCACCGGAAGGGCAUUUACAGGUCGAGGAGGCAAGUCACGGGGCCGUGGUGUCGGCGGUGCCUCCUUCCCUAGUCAGCAGUGGUCCACCAAUGUACAGGGCUACGUGCCACCCGUCCAGGCCAUGUCAGGGAGGACGUUUGAUGGGGGUACAGUGACGGGCAUGGGGGAUGGCUUACUACCUACCCCCGUGUUCCCCCCCAACUUUGGGCAGCCGGGAAUGAAUGGAUACAGUACUAGCUAUGGAAUGUUUGGUAUGAGCUCAAUACAUCAACAGAUAUCUUCACCAUCUGCGUGGAAUAACUUUCAUAAUUCACCAGGAAACAAGUUCUCAUCAAGUUUGAAAAGCAAUCAGGUCGACUCCAUGACAUACACCACCUCAGCACAGAAUCAUGGGAAAACAUGGCCGAACAACUCAUUUGUUGGUUGUCAUGACGACAGUAAAUCAAGAUCAAGACCUCGGACAAUCAUUUGUAAAGAUAUUUCCGUUCAAACAGAUUUCUCAGACGAACUGGCUGCCUUGACCCUGUCCCAAAGACCAAAUGCCUUGUACACUGUUUCCCAUUCAUGGAAGAGAAAGGAUAAAAACAGUUACGAUUCCAAUCAUGUGUCUUAUACGUCGGACUCGGAGGUGGAUUCCGACAGUGGAUACAGUAGUCCCUUACAUCGGAGAAAUGUUCGCUCCAACGGAACCGACCCAGUCGGUCCCUUGUUACUUCCUGCGCAACCAGAGCAGGAACAUGGCCGCAACCUGUUUGGACGUAACCAUAGCAACCUGUCACCUCAAAGUGGGCAGCAACUGACUUACGCAACAAUUGCUCAACAAAAACCUGGUACGCGGAGAACGUUAAGUUACAGCGAUGUUGCUGCGUCAGAGCUCAUCGCAACCUGUGAUAACACAAAUCUACCUUCUCAAAGCCCAGUUACUGUGAUAACUGUAAAUAAUGAAUCGGAUGUUAAUGAGGGCGCGCAGAAGGCGGAGGGGGGGAAGAAACGUCGAAGACGGAGAAACAGAAAGAGGAAGAAGAGGACGCAAGAGGAUGGGGGACAAAGCGAUGGAUUGUCUGCUACGGGGAGGACAUUCUCAAGCUCAAAUGUGUCGCGUACUUCUGAUGUUACGUUACAUUUCGAGGAUGAUAGUGAGUUCCCGGAUCUGUAUCCUAGCAACGUGGAAUCUGGUCAGGAGCGGGAUGUGGAUAUAAUCUCACGCCAGAGCUCCAUAUCCUACAGUCAGAUACUCAAGUCGAGUCCAAGUUCACACGUAUCACGAUGUUCGUCACGUCAGUCGGAUGAUUUCGAUCUGAGUCGUGAACAGACUGGCGAUGAAAACACAGACAACUGGCAAGACUCAAAACAGGAAUCAAAAAGUGCCCGGAAACGGCGGAAACGGCGAGAGCUUGCCAACAAGGCGGCGGAGGUGGAGUUGGCCGAGAUCAGCCUGGAGCAGCAGAUGCUGAAAGAGUUGAGUCUCAAACCCAAACAGGGCCUCGCUGGAAGUCAGGAGGCGAGCUCCAGCAAGUCACAGAAGAGUUCCAAACAAGGGGGAAUAAUCUCAGAGCCAGCUGUGGUCCAGGAGGCCAAGAAAGAUGGCGGAGGAGGAGGCGGGAAGAAGUCAAAGCAGCCAAUUGCAUUUGAUAUCGGAGCCAUGAUCACGGCUCUGGAGAAGAAGAAGGAGGUAUCUCAGGAGGACGGGAGGAAGAGCCCCGCGCGGAGGAAAGAGGAGAAAUUGACCAAAGUGUCAGCCAAUUUAUUGGAUUCAUCAGCACCGGCCAAACGAGGAAAAGAGAGAGAAAAUGCAAAGCCCAAGAAACCAAGUCCCUUGAAGAAGGUGAUCCUGAAGGAACGAGAGCAGAAGAAGAAGAUGCGUCUGCUGGACGAUGACAACGACCCCACAGGGCUGCAUAUAGCAGAGCCUCCCGUGGGUAUCGGUGUCGUCAAUGCGGAGAGUGACCUGUCUCAAGACGGUUUGAGUUCCAAGAGUUCGAUGGAGCUGGGGAACGGUGCCUCAACCAGUGCCGACCUGUCCCCCAUCAGCCAAACGUCACCGAUCUCCAUGAGCCCCCUGUCCCCCGGGGCCAGCCCCCUCAGCUCUGGCGUCAACAGCCCCAUCACCGGACACAGCAAGGACCUCAAGGCCAUGAUGAAAAUACACAGUCGCAGGUUCAGAGAAUACUGCAACCAGGUCCUGGACAAGGACAUCGACAUGUGCUGCACAGAGUUCCUCCAGGACCUGGUCCGAUUCCAGGACCGCAUGUUCCACAAGGACCCUGUCAAGGCGAAGGUGCGGCGGAGGCUGGUGCUGGGGCUGCGAGAGGUGACGAAGCACCUGAAGCUAAAGAAGAUCAAGUGCGUCAUCAUCUCGCCCAACUUGGAGAAGAUCCAGUCUAAAGGAGGACUAGACGAUGCCCUCAACAACAUCCUCAACAUGUGUCAGGAUCAGAACAUCCCCUUCGUGUUCGCCCUGGGUCGCCGCGCCCUGGGCCGCGCCUGUGCCAAGCUGGUCCCCGUCAGCUGUGCGGGAGUGUUCAACUAUGACGGCUGUGAGGAGACGUUCAACAAGCUGAUGGACUACACGGAGAAGGCGCGGCAGGCGUACAAUGAGAUGGUCCUGUGCAUUGAGAAGGAGAUGGAGGACAACCCCCACCGGGGCACCACCCACAUCUACGCCCACAUGGGACACUCUCGGACCCCGUCCGGGUGCAGCGUCAUGUCCUUCACCAGCAGCAUCCUUUCCGAACCAAUCUCCGAGAACUACCCCCACUCCGAGCCCGAAACAGACAGCAAGGGUUAUGAAAUUGUUAAGGACGUCCCUAAAAGCAGUUAUCUUAUUGUAGGAAAUGGCCUUCAUACUGAAGUGAAAGUUUCCCCAAGUUUUCAGUCGCCGGUGGAUGAGAUCGAUGACGGGAACGAGGCUGACACUGAAGACUGUUCGGAGGUCCCGGUCAAGGUUCCCUCGUCAGCCAAUGAGAAGAGUCCAGUUCAGGAUGAUAGAGAGGCUGGUCCCGGUGAAAGCGAGGCUGAAAAUGAAACCGAGGAUGCGGAUGAUUCCGAGGAUGAUGAUGAGGAAGAGGAAGAGGACGAGUAUUCAGAAAGUGAUGACACAGCAAGUUCCCAGCAUGCAUCAGACACGGUGGAAGAGCUGCCGCACAUCGACUCAAUCCACACAGGAAACUUUGAUCUCAGUGCUGAAAUUCUCUCUCAACAUUCUGGGCGCACAUUGGAUAGAAGCGAGGUGAUGUCAACCCACUCAUCACGGACGCUUGGAGACGGGAGCUCAACGAUCAUGACAGACAUGAUAGGGAUGGACAGAUGCAAGGCCGACGUGACGAAGCCGUGCGAGAGUCCCGUGCCCGGCCAGACCCGCAUGAAGCUCAGUGACAAUGACCGAAUACAGCACUGGGUGGAUGAAUCCAACACAAACCUCUCCGGCAUGGAGGAGAACUCAGAUAUCGACACCGUCCACAGUGGGAGUGUCACCGAGUCAGAAAAUGAAUCUGAGAGUCAAGGUUAUGUCAAAGGUCAACCUCUAAAACCAAUCAGUGAGUCUGGUGAAGUUGACCUCUAGGAGGCAAUGCUGCCCAUGCAAUAACCCUUGUAUAUACCAUAGAGUGUCUUUGUCGGCAUACAACACUCAAACACACACACCUUGUUGAGUUUGAUUUUUUUGGAGAGAAUUUGUCAUGAUUCUUAAAUUUCAUAGUUGGGGAUAAAUUCAGAAGAGCAGUUAUUGGAAUUAAUAUUAUAACCUUGACAUGUGAGGCAACUUGCCAUGCAGAGUUGUGUCCCUUUGCCUUUCCUGGAUCUGAUAAUAGUGGUCUCAAAUCCUAAAUAUUAACAAUCUGUGUCACAUUGUCUUCUGUCAUAUAAUUCUGACAAAUUGUUUCUGAGGCUGAUGAAGUGUGUUUCCUCCUCAUCCCUCAUAUGUGGUGUGGUGGCUCACUCACGACUGGGGUCAUUGUUUGAACGUUGCCUGCCAUGUGGACACUCCCCAGUGUGUUUUAUAUUGAAUUGCGUGUGUGAUUUGUCUGUGUGCUGCUUCCUGAAGCCAAUGGCACUUCUUAAUUUUAUAACAACAAUCAUCAUAUCACCAUGGUUAUAAUAAUCAUGAUCAUAUCGACAAUCUUGGAGUUUGUUCACUGUUCAUUGUUGGUGUUACCUGGCAACCUGUAGUUUUGUUGUGGUGGGAAGGGCUGCGUAUUUAUUGUUGGAAUCUAUUUGAAGGCAUGAUUGAGAGCCUCGCAUCAUCCACGUAUGGCCAUGCUGUAUGACUUUACAGCUGUAUGACUUUACGGCUGUAUGACUUUACGGCUGUAUGGCUUUACGGCUGUAUGACUUUACGGCUGUAUGGCUUUACGGCUGUAUGACUUUACGGAUGUAUGACUUUACGGCUGUAUGGCUUUACGGCUGUAGUGCCAUGCUGUAUGACUUUACGGCUGUAUGACUUUAUGGCUGUAUGGCUUUACGGCUGUAUGACUUUACGGAUGUAUGACUUUACGGCUGUAUGGCUUUACGGCUGUAGUGCCAUGCUGUAUGACUUUACGGCUGUAUGGCUGUAUGGCUUUACGGCUGUAUGACUUUACGGCUAUAUGGCUUUACGGCUGUAUGACUUUACGGCUGUAUGGCUUUACAGCUGUAUGGCUUUACGGCUGUAUGACUUUACGGCUGUAUGGCUUUACGGAUGUAUGACUUUACAGCUGUAUGACUUUACGGCUACGGCUGUAUGACUUUACAGCUGUAUGGCUUUACGGAUGUAUGACUUUACGGCUGUAUGACUUUACGGCUGUAUGGCUUUACGGCUGUAUGACUUUACGGCUGUAUCGCUUUACGGCUGUAUGACUUUACGGCUGUAGUGCCAUGCUGUAUGACUUUACGGCUGUAUGGCUUUAUGGCUGUAUGACUUUACGACUGUAGUGCCAUGCUGUGCUGUAUGACUUUAUGGUUGUAUGACUUUACGGCUGUAUGACUUUACAACUGUAUGACUUUACGGCUGUAUCAGAGUUUACAAAGGAUAAAAUUGAAAUUGUGAAUUUUAUUUAUAUUAUGCUUGCAUCUGUGUAAAUCAGAUGGUUUUGAAAAAUGUGUCAGAUAAUCUCUUUCUGUACAGGAAUGAGUAUUCACUUUGUUAAAUUAUUAGUGCAGUGUGUUCAGUGCAGGCCAGGUACAGUAGUACAAUAUGGUUUUGAUGAAGAAGUUUUCAGAUGUGUGCCGGUGCAGUUAAAUGGAUUCAAAUACAUUGCAGAGAAGAAAAUAAAAAUGUGAUCAGGGUUACCUCCCUUGUUUAGGUGGCAUCGAUUCCUCUGAAAACCAAACUAUGAACCGUGUCCUUGUAGUGACCGCUGCGAUGUGUUGAUGGUGAAGUGUGAUGUAUUCUACUGGUCAGUCAACUGAUGUCAUUUCUCCACUAAAGUACUGAAACAAGAUGUGAAUAGUGUGUAUGUUAUGUAAUUUGAGUACACUGCAGUAUUUUUUACCAAACAAUAUGCAAAUAUGUUGAUAUGUAUUUUUCAACACUGGAACAAUAUUAAUGAUUUUGUCUAUUUUCCUAUAACACAACAAUUUCUUGUUUCUCAGCAAUUGUCAUCAAGUUGUCAGGGUUGUGUUUUCUGUGAAAUCUGUUGCUCAGUAUUGCUUUAGUGAAGUGGACAGAUAGCAUUGUCUUGAGAUGCCAGUUGUCAUUCAGCAAAUGAGCCCUUUAUGGCAGAAACAUCUCACUCACCAUUCAGGAUGUGUACUCCUUUGUUAGUCCUUAGAAGUUGCACUCCCAGCUCACCACCCUCCAUCCCCAACCCCACAUCCCCACCCCCACCCCUCCCCACCACCCCAAACAGGUGCCCCCUCAGCAUACCCGCUCAGCAGUGUCCCCUCAGCAUACCAACUCAGCAGUGCCCCCUAAAUAAGUAGCCCCCUCACCAGAUUCCUCUUAAAUAAGUAGCACCCCUCAGCAGUACGGCUUCGAUAGUUUCCCCCUCUGCAAGUAGCCCCCUCAGCAGUGCCUCCUAAAUAAGUAGCCCCCUCAGCAGUGCCCCCUAAAUAAGUAGCUGCCUCAGCAGUACCUCCUAAAUAAGUAGCCCCUCAGCCAUGCCCCCUACAUAAGUAACCCCCUCAGCAGUACCUCCUAAAUAAGUAGCCCCCUCAGCAGUGCCCCCUAAAUAAGUAGCCCCCUCAGCAAUGCCCCCUAAAUAAGUAGCCCCCUCAGCAGUACCUCUUUUGUAGUUACCCCUUUGGUAGUUACCCCCUCAGCAGUUGCCCCCUGAUACCAUAACUACCGUAAAUAUGAACUGGACAAAGUAACAUAAGUGUGUUAGCUCAUGCAGGAGGUUUGAGACCUCUCCACCACCUGCAGUGUGAGAUGUCUGGAGACCCCCGCCCCCCCUCUCCACCACCUGCAGUGUGAGAUGUCUGGAGACCCCCGCCCCCCUCUCCACCACCUGCAGUGUUAGAUGUCUGGAGACCCCCGUCCCCCUCUCCACCACCUGCAGUGUGAGAUGUCUGGAGACCCCCGCCCCCCUCUCCACCACCUGCAGUGUGAGAUGUCUGGAGACCCCCGCCCCCCCUCUCCACCUGCAAUGCUGUUCAACAUGUGGAGUCCAUCAGUUGUACACAAUAGAAUAAAGCUUCACAAAUCUC